UCUCCAUCGAAGAUAUUCGGGAUGUGAGGUCAGGCCAUAAAACAGAAGGUAUGGAAAAAUACGCCAAGGACGUCCCGGAGUAUCGCUGCUUUUCCAUCAUCUUCAAAGACCAGCGGAAGAACCUGGACCUCAUCGCCAACUCGGAGGACGAUGCCAACCACUGGAUCUCCGGCCUUGCGAAGAUCAUAGCCCACAGCAACUCCAUGAACCAGAAACAGAAACUCCAGCACUGGAUUCACACCUGCCUGCGGAAAGCUGAUAAAAACAAAGACAACAAGAUGAGCUUGAAAGAGCUGAAGGACUUCCUGAAAGAAGUGAACAUUGAAGUUGAUGACUAUCAUGCCAAGAAGAUUUUCCAGCACUGUGAUAAGUCCAAGACAGAGGCUCUGGAGGAUGAUGAGAUAGAGGAAUUUUACAAGAUACUGACAGAAAGGAAAGAAAUAGACAAGAUCUUCCAAAAGUACUCAGACCCAGAAGGGUUCAUGUCCUGCCAGAACCUGGUGAGGUUCCUCUAUGAGACGCAGCAAGAAGAAGAUGCUGUUGUUGCUGCUCCUGCCUUAAUUCAGAGAUAUGAGCCCAAUGAAAGAGCCAAGAGGGGUAAUGCCAUGACCAAGGAUGGUUUCCUGAUGUACCUGCUGUCUGAUGAUGGGAAUAUAUUCAACUCCGCCCACCGUAAAGUUUACCAGGACAUGACUCAACCUCUCAGUCACUACUUGGUGUCAUCCUCACAUAAUACCUAUCUUAUGGAAGACCAGCUCACAGGUCCAAGCAGCACAGAAGCCUAUAUCAGAGCCCUCACCAAAGGCUGCCGCUGUGUGGAACUGGAUUGCUGGGAUGGCCCUAACUCAGAGCCUGUCAUUUAUCACGGCUACACUCUCACCUCCAAGAUCCUCUUCAGUGAUGUCAUUAAGGCCAUCAAGAACUAUGCUUUCAAAACCUCACAGUACCCUGUCAUCAUCUCCCUGGAGAACCACUGCAGCGUUGACCAGCAGAAGGUCAUGGCCCAGCACAUGACGACGAUCCUGCAAGACAUGCUGCUGGUUGCCCCUGUGGAUGGCAACAAAUCCCAGUUCCCCUCCCCAGAGCAAUUGAAAGGGAAGAUCCUUGUGAAGGGCAAGAAGCUGAGCAGGCAGGAGGACCCCACUGAAACAAAUGGGAACAACAACUUGGAGGCUGAGGAUGUCUCUGAUGAAGAUGAGGCAGCUGAAAUGGAAGAUGAAUCCGUCAAGACCAAGAUAGAGCAGAAGGGGAAGAGUGACACCUUGAAGUUGGCCAAGGAGCUGUCAGACACAGUUGUCUACUGCAAGAGUGUCCAUUUUGAUGGCUUUGAGGACCCCAGCCACCCUCGGGCUUUCUACGAGAUGUCCUCGUUCACAGAGAGCAAAGCUCUGAAACUAGCCCAGGAGUCUGGAACCAGUUUUAUUCAUCACAAUGUCAGGCACCUGAGCCGGAUCUACCCUGCAGGCUGGAGGACAGAUUCUUCCAACUACAACCCCAUCGACUUGUGGAACGUCGGCUGCCAGAUUGUUGCCCUGAAUUUCCAGACAGCAGGCACAGAAAUGGAUGUCUACCAGGGCCGUUUCCAGGACAAUGGGUUUUGUGGGUAUGUCUUAAAGCCAGAAUUCCUCCGGGAUGAACAAACCAAAUUCAAUCCCAAAUCCAUCACAGAAGGAACAUGGGGGACAAAGAAGAAGCUUCUGCUUAAAAUCAUCUCUGGUCAGCAGCUGCCCAAGGUGAACAAAAGCAAAAACUCCAUCGUUGAUCCUAAGGUAACAAUAGAGAUCCAUGGGGUCCAGCAGGAUAACAAUAAGAAGCAGACCAAAGUCAUUGAGAACAAUGGCUUUAACCCAAAAUGGGACGAAGAGUUUACAUUUGACAUAGAGAUCCCUGCACUUGCCCUGGUCCGGUUUGUGGUGGAAGACUUUGACAUGUCGACCAAGAACGACUUCAUCGGGCAGUACACCCUUCCCUUCACCAGUCUGAAGCAAGGCUACCGCCACAUCCAUCUUCUCACCAAGAACGGAGACCCCUACUCCUCCUCCACCCUCUUUGUGUAUGUCAACAUCCAGGACUGUGAUUAG